AUUAGUUGUUGUUUUACGUCUUUUUAACAAUUGAUGGAAGUUGUUGAUGAUUUCCUUUGUUUUCUUUGAAGAUAUCGACUUUGAGGCUGUUUUCUUAGAUUUCGUUAUCGGCGUCUUCUUCUUCUUGAUAGCCAUCGUCUGAUAGCAAGAAAUGUCAGAGGGGAAGCCAGCUUUACCUAAGGAGGUAACGAAUUAUUUGCCAGAUUUCCUCCAAAAUGCUAUGGAUAACAAUCCUUACUUCUCAGCUGGAUUUGGUUUAAUGGGUGUUGGUGCCGUAUUGGCUGGAUUACGUCGUGGUGUCACAUUCGGUGCGGGGGCUGCACAGAGAAGACUCUUGAUUAGUUUGGAAAUACCCUCAAAGGAUCCAGCAUAUUUGUGGUUCUUAGAAUGGCUAUCGGCGAAGGGAAAGCGCGAUACAGCGACAAUAACAUCCUUACCUAACAAACAACCAAGGAUAGACGCUCCAUUGAAGUUAUAUUCCCAUCAAUUGAGUGUCGAAACAUCAGAGAAAAAGCAUAGAGAUCAAAAUAAUGUCACUUUCAGCUUAGUUCCAGGACCUGGAACCCAUUACUUCAGAUACAAAGGCGCGUGGAUGCAAGUAAAGAGAGAACGUGAUGGUAAAAUGAUGGAUUUAACGUCGGGUACACCAUGGGAGACAGUUACACUUACUACAUUACGCAAAGAUAGUAAUCUCUUCGCUGAUCUCCUCGAUGAAUCUCGCAAACUCGCCGAGCAAGAGGCUCAAGGGAAAACAAUAGUCUACACGUCCUGGUCUAUUGAAUGGAAGCCAUUCGGUAAGCCGCGCAGACGUCGUGAACUUAGUAGCGUCGUUCUUGAUAAAUCUGUUAAGUCUCGCGUAACUGAGGACAUAGAUAAGUUCCAAAACAGAGGACAGUGGUACGCAGAGAGAGGUAUACCGUAUAGAAGAGGAUAUCUUCUUCAUGGUCCACCAGGUUCUGGAAAGUCCUCUUUCAUAUAUGCACUAGCUGGACACUUCAAGUAUAACAUCUGCCUUUUGAAUCUCUCAGAGAAGGGAUUAACGGAUGACAGACUCAAUCAUCUUUUAGUUAAUGCUCCAGAGAGGUCCAUUAUCCUCUUGGAAGAUAUAGACGCCGCAUUCAACAAGCGUGUACAGACUGGCGCAGACGGAUACCAAUCAGCGGUGACAUUCUCAGGAUUACUGAAUGCCUUAGAUGGUGUUGCUUCUGGUGAAGAAAGAAUUAUCUUCAUGACGACAAAUCAUUUGUCAAAAUUAGACAAAGCGCUGAUUAGACCUGGAAGAGUUGACCUAAUUGAAUUGCUCGGCGACGCCAAUAUAGAGCAAGCCGACGAACUUUUCACGCGUUUCUAUCCAGACGCUAAGGAUGAGGAAAGAACAUCAUUCACAGACAAAUUACAGGAGGGUUUCAACGGUGGUUACAGUGUCAGUAUGGCCAGUCUUCAAGGAAUGUUCAUACGGACUUCACCAGAAGAAGCUAUAAAGUAUUUACCAAUGUUAUUCGAGAUACGUAACAACGAAUUUGAUUAGUUGUAAACACCUUGAAAGCGAUCAUCCAUCAUAGAUCAUGGAAAUAAAGCAUUUGUAUAAAAACAAUAGUAUAGAUGACGAAUGGCUCGAUAGCUGUAUAGAUUAUCUGCGAUCAGAUAUGGGUAUAACGAACAACCAGGAGUUGCUGAAACAAACGCAGCUGCAAUUCAUAAACUCAGAUUUAGCAGAUUCUACAACCGGUGGUUUACCGUCUAACAUAUUAGAGUUGCAUAACAAGUGUAUAUUCCCUACACCAAGCAAAGGAAUUCUAUUACAAGUACAGUCUAUUACAGAUGUUGGUAUAUCUUCCCUCAGUCUAAAAAAUAAUAAGGAGCAAAAACAUACUAUAAAACUUGUUCUAAGCGAUGGUAGAAUGUCAGUCAACGCGUUCGAGUACGCGCCUAUACCAAAUCUAUCAAUAUCAACAACGGCUAUAGGGUCUAAGGUGAUAGUCAAGAAUGUACAAGUCCUCCACGGCACGCUGCUACUCACGCCCCAGUCACUAGCUUUUAAAGGUGGUCGCGUUGAAGAGUUAGAAAACAACAGAGAAAAAAUAAUUGACAAUAUAUUAGAUAAACGUUUAGGAAUAAAGCCAGAGACUGUUCAAUCUCCAGCUAAACCGAGGAAUGCGGAAGUUCAGAGAACCUCCAACGACGUCAUCGAAAUAGAUAGCGACUAAAACAACCAUAAACAUAUAAAACAAAGCCAUAUUAUAAAACUAGAGGUUGUGAUAAGCUUUCACCUGCUCUAAACCUUUUAGCCAUGCUAUCUGGUACAUUGCUUCCUAGCCUUCUUGAUGGAGUGGUAGCUCUCCUAGAUAUAUUAGCACCUUUAUUUAUAGCAAAAAUAUCGCCUGCAUUACUAUUCCUUGCCAUGUUGACAUCUUGUUGAUGUAAAGUAUUACUCAUAUCGACUGCAACUUUACGAUUAUUGGGUGAUUUAGAUUUAGCAUAGGAGGUCUUUGAUCGCGUAAGACUGGAGGAUUUCUUUACUUCCCAGCCAUUAUUAUCCUCAUCAUCUGAGUCAGUCGGAGUUAUUAAAAUUUCACCUUUCGAGGAAAUAGGUGAAUUGAGUACCUUAUUCUGGUGUUUACUUGAUGAUUGAUCUUGUUGCGUUUUGGAUGUCAAUGCAAAGAGAAAGUGAUCUUGGUGCUUUAUCAAGAAUUCGAGUGUUUCCUGACUCUCCUUCAGUUCAUCUGGUUGUUGAGCAUGUGAAGGGUGUGAUAAAAUCCCGGGCUGGAAAAUAACCGCCAAAUUGAAAGCAUUCAUUUUGUUAUGAUCAGAUUUUCUAUCAAAAACUGCUAAAAGAUCGAGAACAUAAAGCAAAAGACACUGAUUGGCACCUGGUAAUUGAACAAUGAGUGAUUGAAAUUUAGAUAUCGUAUCAGCAUCAUUAUCAUUCUGCUUCAAAAUGUUUCUGAAUUGUUCGUAGAAUUCAUGCGGUAUUACGGGUUCCGGCAUUAAGGUUAAGUAUCUCCUAAGGACGCUAGCGACGUCGUGACUAUUGAAAGCGUACUUUUUCCAUUCGAGGUUUUUACCAAACUUGGUGGUGAUUCAAAAAUAGUUUGCAGCUCUUUCAUACGCUUAGCGCUGCCUGAAAUUCUGAAUGUCCCCUCAAUUUCGGUCGCAGUCUCCUUCAGAUGUAAGCCGCAUUUGGCUACGACUACGGGCACGAAGCCGCAUACGAAGUGAUCGUCGCUGUCAAGCGCGGCUGUAGAAAUUUGUACGUGGGCAUUCCUCAAGGAUUCACGUAAAGGUAUACCAAAUAUGGGUACUUGUG